CCACAGUGCACCACCGGCAUCCCACCGACGAGCCGUUCUUUCUUUGUGCUGUUUUCUGCACAGUACGCUCGAAAUUGUCCGAGGGAACCUUGGCUCUUGGUCUUCGAUUUUCCUUAGGAUCGUGAAGUGGCAUGUAACGCGAAUGGUCCAGUAGUCGAGAACAGAUUCAAGAUGAUACCGUCGGACUGUACGUUGGAUAUAUCGAACGUGUAUCAUUCCACCGCCGUGGUGAUCGAAGGAAGUUGCUUGAACAAAUCGGAACCGACCGCGGUAUUGAGGGACGUAUCCGCUCGAGUUCAUGGCGGAGAAGUAUUGGCAAUUUUAGGCUCGAAGGGAUCCGGGAAAAGGGCUCUGCUCGAUGUUAUUGCCGGAAGGGCGGAAGGAGAGACAAGGGGUAGAGUGACGCUGAACAAUAAUAUAUUGACGCCAGAGUUGUUCAGGCGUCAUGGUGGAUACGUGGCCCACAGAUGCCACUUGCUACCAAGUUUGACUGUUCGUCAAACUCUGACGUACGCCACCUGGCUUGCCAAUCUGAGCAACAGGGGGGCCAGGGUUCGCCAAACGUUGGCCGAUCUGGCGUUAUCUCAAGUCGCGAAUAGAUCUGUAAACGAUCUGACAAAGCCAGAGUACAGGAGGCUGAUGCUGGGAGUUCAGCUUGCUAAGGACCCCACGUUGCUUCUUUUGGACGAGCCAACCUGGGACACUGAUCCCUUGAACACGUAUUUAAUUGUCUCUAUGCUUUGGUCCUACGCGACUAGGAGAGGGUCUAUUGUCGUUUUAACGAUGGAGACUCCGAGAUCGGACGUGCUGCCGUUCGUGAGUCGCGUGACUCUUUUGUGUUUAGGGGCAGUGGUGUAUUCGGGGCCGACCAGAAGCAUGCUGGAUUACUUCACUUACAUCGGAUUCCCGUGUCCGGAACUUGAGAAUCCAUUAAUGUACUAUUUGUGUCUAUCGACGGUCGAUCGCCGAUCCAGAGACCGUUUCCUAGAGUCUAAUCAGCAAAUAUCCGUCCUGGUUGACAAGUUCAAAGCUGAGGGUGUUAUUUACAUGAAAGAGGCUCCCCAAGUGCCGCCAAAUGUCAAAGACACGCCACUCGGUAUCAUGCACAAAGGUCUGGGUCGUGGCAUCAAACCGGGUUGCUUCUCUACUCUUCUCGCCCUUUAUUUGAGAGGCAUGGCGGCGACGUUCGCCUUUAGUAAGUCUGGCUUGGGACACUUCGCCACUCGACUCCUGUUACUGCCAUUUUCCGUCGCCCUAAUGAGCAUUUUGUACUCCCACUCGACACCCGUGCAGUCCAGAAUAUUUCUACAAACCGGAGGUUUAGUUUUUAACGUAUUGACGUUGUUCUAUGUCGCUGGGAUAGCAUCGACGGCGCUCCUUUUUCCAGGUUAUCGUGCUAGAUAUUAUCAAGAGAAAAGGGAGGGUCUUUACGGUGGUGCAAUGUUCCUAACCGCGUACGCGUUGUUAAGUUUACCAUUAAGUUUUGUCUCGACCAUGAUUACCAUCGGUAUUUUAACGCCCAUCCUGGAGCUAGACUUGUCAUCCUGGGCUUACGCUUCUGGAGUUCUUUGGGCCAGUUACGUCGCAGCUGAACAAGUUACCGUGGCCGUGCUGAUGAUUGUCGGUAGACCAGUAACAGGUGCGAUAACGGUGCUGUACGUGACAUUAGUAUCUCUUGUUAUUGCAUCUGGAGCCGUCAGGAGCUUGAAAGGUUUACCGUAUUGGCUCGCUGCUGUUUCCACCGCAUUGCCAACGAGAUACGCGUCGUUGGCUUUGAAUCAACUGGCCAUCGACAUGCCUAUGUUCUUAAACCUGCAUUACAACGAAAGUUUCACAUGUCCUGGAAUACCGGAACUCUGUCGGUACCCAGAUGGAAGGACCUACUUGAUUGAACGUUUCACGCGCGAAGGUGAAAAUAUUUCCGAAGUGUUGAACGUCGAUUUAAAUUUAUUGAUCUCGUUGGCAUUUGCUGUCGGUUUGUGUAUAUUUAAUAGCGUACUUUACUUGCUACCACUUCCUGCACGAGUGAAGGCCAAAUUUAGAGAAUAA